AUGGAUUUUGUCAAAGGCGCUGUGAACCUGCCUCUGGGCUACCAUCUCUUUGCCGGUAUCGCCAUACGCAUCGCUCUGGUCUUCUAUGGAGAGUUCCACGACGCCCAUUACGAUGUCCCAUACACUGAUGUGGACUACAAAGUGUUCACGGACGCCGCGCGUCACGUGGCCGAGGGCAAAUCUCCUUACUUGCGCCACACGUAUAGAUACAGUCCGAUCAUAGCGUACCUCUUGAUACCGAACUUGGCCGGCAUGCGUUACGGAAAACUCCUAUUUUCUUUGUUCGACGUUCUAUUGGCGGUCAUGGUGAAAAUUCUGGUGCAGCACCAACUGCAGUCGCAGGAGGCGUCUAGGAUUUCGAAUUACUGCGCUUUCUUUUGGCUCUACAACCCGUUAAGUAUCGCAAUUUCGACUAGGGGCAACGCCGACUCGGUCUCGUGUUUCUUUAUACUACUGUCACUGGUUUUUCUGCAGACGGACAUAGUGAAUGGGCUGCUUAAAUAUGUGCUGUCUGGUGCCUUAUUGGGGCUCUCGAUACAUCUCCGCCUGUACCCACUCGCGUUCAGCUUCCCAAUGUACUUAUCCCUGGGCGAGUAUAAAAUUAACAGGCGGACCAAUUUAAGAACCGGUUUCAUCUCGCUGUUGCCAAACAUGAAGCAGAUAACGCUGGCGGUGAGCUGCAUCGCCACUCUGCUCCUGAUCACAUACGCUUUAUACCGUAGAUACGGCUACGAGUUCCUCUUCGAGACUUACAUCUUCCACCUGUUCAGGGAAGACAAGCGGCACAACUUCUCCGUCCUCUUCUACUACUCCUACCUGACAAACGACCAGCUGGUCAUCGACGUGGUCCGGAUUUUCGCGCAGACAUUCGAGUUCAUGCUGCUUUUCAUUUUGAGUCUGACGUUCGGCUGCCAACCGGCCACCUUGCCGUUCGCACUCUUCUGUCAGGCAGUGGUCUUGGUCGCUUUCAACAGCGUGAUAACGUCGCAGUACUUUGUGUGGUUCCUGUCUUUGCUACCGCUGGUGGUCCACAGUUUCAGGCUCGAUACGAGGACAGCGUUAGUGCUGGCCUCCAUGUGGCUCAUCGCACAGGGCGCUUGGCUGUUCUACGCGUACCUAUUGGAGUUCAAAGGCAGGGAGAUAUUCGUAUUGUUGUGGCUGAAGGGUAUCGUGUUCUUUUGCGCCAACAUUUACGUGUUGGCCCAACUGAUCAAGCACUACGAUCCAAAAUACGGCUUCGGACAGACUGGAGUUACUUACCGUGAAAAAAAGAAC